AAGACCAAGCGUCGCCCUAGCAACGAGAAAGGUUUAGCCGCACAAGCCACUUCUUAGCGGCGGUUUUUCUUAUCGAAAGCAGAAAAGCAACGUAAAGUGGAUUGACUUCGUCGAAUAGCAACCGGCGCCUUUGACUCUUUGUUUCCUACAUGCGGCUUUAAUGGCGACGAACAGCCCGUCCGUGUUUCUCCUCAUGGUCAACGGACAAAUAGAGGGAGCGCAUUUUCCAGAAUACGACGACCUGUAUUGUAAAUACUGUUUCGUUUACGGCCACGACUGGGCUCCGACGUCGGGUCUGGAGGAAGGAAUCUCUCAGAUCACUUCAAAAGGCAGACAGUCGUCUCAUAAAUUAAUAUGGAACUUCCCGCUGGAAAUCACCUUCAAGAGCACCAACCCGUCUGGAUGGCCCCAGAUUGUGGUGAGUGUGUACGGUCCGGACACAUUUGGAAACGAUGUGGUGAGGGGCUACGGAGCCACACACAUCCCGUUCACGCCCGGACAACAUACAAGAACCAUCCCCAUGUUUGUUCCUGAAUCCACGUCCAGACUUCAAAAAUUCACGAGCUGGUUGUUGGGACGUCGACCCGAGUACACAGAUCCCAAAGUUGUGGCCCAGGGCGAGGGGAGAGACGUGACGCGGGUUUGCUCCCAGGGCUUCGUCACUCUCUCCUUCAACAUUGUGACCAAAGACAUGAGGAAACUGGGCUAUGAAACGAUGCCGUCGGAGCCCGGGAACACGCUGUCACACUCGGCCUCGUCCGGCCUCACACUGGACGAGCAGCCCUUCUGCACGUAGCGGCCUAACAGACUGUCUCACACACACACACACACACACACGCCCGAGGCCCUUCAGGAAACCACACCGCAGAAUGUGCUGGUCAGGAGGACUCUCCUCAUUUCUGUCCUGUGAGGACAGCUGGUCCCCGCUAAAAACAUGAGCGACACACACCGACUGCGUAAGAUGGAAAAUCAUCACUGACUUCCUCUGAAUUUGAUGCACUGGCAAGGGCUGAUGUGCUGUAAUUUUUGUAUUUUUUACGAUAUUUUUACUUUUUUUUUUUUUUUUUUAAUAAAUUUGUACCUAACCUCAAAUGGUUUUCCUUACUU